AUGGAUCUGUUCAGGUAUGGCGAGACGGUGAAGCUGCGGAGCUGGCACGGGUUGUACCUGACGGCGGCGGAGGACGGGAAAUCGGUGACCCAGGAGAAGGAUGUCAAGCAGCGCUCCGUCUGGACUGUCGAGUUCGUGGAGCACGGCGGCCGCUCCGCCAUCCGCCUCAAGAGUAGUAGUCGCGGCAGCUACCUCGCCGCCUCCAACGAGCCCUUCCUCCUCGGCUGGACGGGCCGCAAGGUGCUGCUGACACCCCAAGAUCGCCGGCCGGACUCGUCGGUGGUGUGGUUCCCCCUCCGCUCCGACAGGAAAGUGGCCCUCGAGACCCCGUACGGUCGUUCCCUUCGCGCCAAUUUCAGCCUCCCUCCAUGGAGCAGCUCCGUCACCCACGACCAACCCCAGCUAGGCUUCUCCCGGGACUGGAUCCUCUGGGAUGUCGAGGUGGUGGAUCCAGCAGAUCCCACGACCCCCUUGUUGAGCCCUGAUGACAGCACCAUAGAAACCUCAGUUCAUCCGUCCCACGGAUCUUCUUCUUCUUCCUCAGAUGGUUCCCGGCCGCAGCCGACUCCCCGCGAGAGAACCGUAGCCUACAGCGUAGUAGACAACCUCAACGAGAAAGACGUCUGCGUCUCUGAGAUUCAAUUCAAGGGCAAGAGCUUGGAGGAGCUAACGGCCGCUCUGAGAGCGGCGGCGGCGGCCCCAGACGCUGUCAUCUGCUCCCGGCAUCCCACGAACGGCAAGCUGUAUCCCCUACGCCUGCGGCUCGCACCGGGGGACCAGAAGGUGGAGGUCGUAUUGGUCAGGGCCUCGCCUACAGGUUAG